ACCAGACCGGACCGCAGAGGGGGACAGCCGGGGUCAGUCAUUCCCAGGGAGAGAGAGGAGGCAUUUCAUUCGAAAUCUCUCGCCUCCCCCUCGGCUCCUCCACCUCACCUCGCCGCCAGCCGCCGGUGCCGCAGCCCGCACCGGGCAAGAUCAGGGCGGCGGAGCCUGCCCAUUUCGCACCCCGCUGAUCCGCUCCGCCGAGCAGGACUACAAAAUUCCAAGAUCCUGAUGAUGGCCACAACUGCUUAUAUUGAUGAUUCCUGUUCGGAGGUUAUUGAUCCCCCAAAGACUGAGGUACUGGAUGUUGUUGAGCUCCCUGGUGACCAUACUCAGCACCCACCAAAACCAAAUGUGGUGGUGUCUAGCAGUGUGCGUGAACUUCUGGAAUGUCCAGUCUGCUUGAGUGCCAUGUAUCCUCCUAUUCAUCAGUGCUCUAAUGGUCAUACCUUGUGUUCUGGAUGCAAACCAAGGGUUCAUAAUCGUUGUCCAACUUGUAGGCAUGAACUGGGUAAUAUAAGGUGCCUUGCUCUCGAGAAGGUGGCUGCAUCUCUUGAAGUUCCAUGCAAGUACCAGAGCUUUGGGUGCUCAGGCAUUUAUCCUUACUACAGCAAGCUGAAGCAUGAGUCACAGUGCCAAUAUAGGCCUUAUAGUUGUCCAUAUGCUGGAUCUGAAUGCACAGUUGUUGGUGACAUUCCAUAUUUGGUAAAUCACUUGAAAGAUGACCACAAAGUUGACAUGCACAAUGGCUGUACCUUCAACCAUCGCUAUGUAAAGCCAAACCCUCAUGAAGUUGAGAAUGCCACCUGGAUGCUUACGGUUUUCAGCUGCUUUGGCCAGUACUUUUGUCUACACUUUGAAGCCUUUCAGUUGGGCAUGUCACCUGUCUACAUCGCCUUCCUGAGGUUCAUGGGAGAUGACGCAGAAGCAAAGAACUACAGCUACAGCCUGGAGGUAGGGGGCACUGGGCGCAAGAUGAUCUGGCAAGGGGUGCCCCGGAGCAUCAGAGACAGCCACCGGAAGGUCCGGGAUAGCUACGACGGGCUCAUCAUCCAGAGGAACAUGGCCCUGUUCUUCUCGGGCGGUGACAGGAAGGAGCUCAAGCUGCGCGUCACUGGGAGAAUCUGGAAGGAACAAUAAGAUGAUGGUCAGCUAAUACAUCUCUUCUGCUCCACUGCUGCCAGAGCCUUUUUGCCAUGCGUAGGAAUCGACAACUCUGUGAUUCAUUCCUUUUUUCAGCUCUUCUGGCUUGCUAUUGCCUCUUGAGUCUUGGCUCUUGCAAGGUGCUGGUGGAUGUAGAUCGUGUAGGGAGGUUGGUGGUUGCUACUGAUGCAGAGUUCGUAGAGAUUUCCUCUAUUUUAUUUGAACUGUCUCGGAGUCGCCAUUGUGUGGUAUAGGAGAAUCUAGUGGCAACUCAUAACUCAAGAUUGAACUGGUUUAUGCAUGAGAAGUUAAUGUAUGGUGAAAAUGCUACAAAGAAUGCUUGUGGA